GGCGUACCCGUCGUAUUCCGAGACAAUGGCGACAAAUCUAUUGCGCUUCACGAGGACGUUCCUUAGGCCUGUAAUUAAUCACACGUAACAUACGUACGUGGUACUGGCGUUGACGACACUUCCGGUGGAUCUGUUAAGCGUAAAAGUGAGUCUCGAGCGAAAACAGAUAUUACGAAUAUUUUAUUAAGACUCGUUACGGGGGUUACGUAGCGUACCGGGCGCUUCUGCGUGUCUCUACACGUAACGACGUGCAUUACUAUAUAUCACAUGGACGAUCGAGAAGGCACGGAAAGAAUUAUGCGGUCGCGAACGCUACGGAAGUCGGUGCUGGAUGGCAACGAGAGAACUCCUUAUCUGCUCUGAUAGACUAAUUAAUUAAGCGAUGCCCAGGAGUGGGGAGUCACCUCACGCUACUGCAAUUUUCACGUCUUGCAACAGCAGAGUACAGGGGAGGAUCCGAAGGCGUACGAGGCCGGGCAUGCACUAUAGACAUCUCCUAGCUACCAGCCAAUGCGUUUCCGAGUCUCUACCAGUUUUCCCACAGUUCCGGUCUACACAAUGCUGGAACGACUCUAUACCCGACAUCCUGUGCGAUCACUACUUCCGAAACGUACCAGUGAAUAUUCCUACAAUACAAUUUCACCCGGACACCUCGUAUCACGUGACUGCUCGAAUGAACGUUGGCACAAGGUGUCACCCGAUUGCGCAACCUAUAUCAGGCGAUACAGAAAAAUCCAGCGUACGUGAGAAUUCGGUGAAGUUCUGGAAUAUCAUUAGGUACAAAGGGACCGAAUUUACAAGGCGGCGUGUGACGUGCGUAUGACUAUGGCUUCGGACUGAAUUUCUGUUAAGUAACGGUAAACGCGACGCAGACUCAGAAUGGGUUGAGCAGCAGGUAUUUGCAGUGUCAACCACGGUCGCAUUCCAGGAUGGUGUAACGACGGAUGGGACAAGCCUUUACCUAUCUGAGAAAAAAAUCAUCUGCCAUCAGGACAGUUCCGAAUGUUGACAUCGAGAACGAAGAUAAGCUAGGAAUGAAAUUGCAGUUGAUAUAGAAAAAAAAAAAGCGUACCGCCAUCCGGUUAUCCUACUCACGUACCUGUGUACCGAAUGAUCCUGACCUGUACGCGAUAUGGAUGAACGGAGGAAAAAGGAAAAAAAAUGUCAAACCGGAAACACGUAGAUCCCCGUGAAUCUUCCAGCGUUUAUACACCGACACGCUCGAAAGCGAGUCGUGAAAACAAACGACGUUUACUCAAGAUUUAACGAAUGGAA